CAACAAGGUGUAUUGAAGGGUGAAGAAAUUUCUUCAAUGUUUUUCCGUGUUUGCACUGAGAUGAGUGUUGAGCAUUAUUUGAAACAAAAGGCAACCUCACAUGCGACUCCUGCUGUUGCGUAUCAGGCAAUUGAUGCCUUUUCAAAGUUGAUUGUUCUAUUGGUGAAAUAUCAUUCUGAUCCUGAUGGUGUCAACAAUAAUGUCGCUAAAAUCAACUAUUUGACAAAGAUUUUGUCAAUCAUUGUAUUGGUGCUUGCGCAAGCACAUGAACAACGAAGACAACAGUUCAAUCAAAAACCUUUCUUUAGAUUAUUUUCUAGUUUAUUAAAUGAUUUAAAUGCUUAUGAGCAACAGCUCCAACCUAUUUAUUUUCAAAUACUUACUGCAUUAAGCAAUAAUACAUUUCAUACAUUGCAACCAUUUUUCUUCCCUGGAUUUACCUUUGCAUGGCUUUCAUUAAUUUCCCACCGUCUUUUCAUGCCCAAACUUUUGCUCGCAGAAAAUCAAAAG